ACACGGACCCCUGCGGCCACACGGCCGCGGAGACCCGGCUCGGCGCGCGCGCUCCUCGGCGCACACGCUGCCCAUCCCCGGGCGGCGCGGGGCGCGGACUCGCCGGCUGCGCGUCGUCCCCGCGGAGUCUGCCCCGGGCUGACCCGCAGCCCCGCGGCCAGGCCCCGCAGUGAGCAGCCUGCAGACACCUUGGGGCUGACCGGCGGCUGCUGUCGGUGUGAGGCCAGCAGAGCUGGCGGAGCGGCGUCAUGACCGGUGUUGUGCAGGUCUCCCUGGCUGCCCUCCUCUUGCUGCCUAUGGCCACGACCAUGCACUCCGACUGCAUCUUCAAGAAGGAGCAAGCCAUGUGCCUGGAGAAGAUCCAGAGGGCCAAUGACCUGAUGGGCUUGAAUGAUUCCUUCCCAGGCUGCCCCGGGAUGUGGGACAACAUCACGUGUUGGAAGCCGGCCCACGUGGGUGAGAUGGUCCUGGUCAGCUGCCCCGAGCUCUUCCGGAUCUUCAACCCAGACCAAGUCUGGGAGACCGAAACCAUCGGGGAGUUUGAUUUUGCUGACAGUAACUCCUUGGAUCUCUCAGACAUGGGGGUGGUAAGCCGGAACUGCACGGAGGAGGGCUGGUCGGAGCCCUUCCCGCAUUACAUUGAUGCCUGUGGGUUGGACGACUAUGAAUCUGAGACUGGGGACCAGGAUUACUACUACCUGUCCGUGAAGGCCCUCUACACGGUCGGCUACAGCACGUCUCUCGUCACCCUCACCACCGCCAUGGUCAUCCUGUGUUGCUUCCGGAAGCUGCACUGCACACGCAACUUCAUCCACAUGAACCUGUUUGUGUCAUUCAUGCUGAGGGCCAUCUCCGUCUUCAUCAAAGACUGGAUCCUGUAUGCGGAGCAGGACAGCAACCACUGCUUCAUCUCCACCGUGGAGUGCAAGGCCGUCAUGGUUUUCUUCCACUACUGCGUCGUGUCCAACUACCUGUGGCUGUUCAUCGAGGGGCUGUACCUCUUCACCCUGCUGGUGGAGACCUUCUUCCCUGAGAGGAGAUACUUCUACUGGUACACCAUCAUUGGCUGGGGGACCCCAACUGUGUGUGUGACAGUGUGGGCUACACUGAGGCUCUAUUUCGAUGACACAGGCUGCUGGGAUAUGAAUGACAGCACGGCUUUGUGGUGGGUGAUCAAAGGCCCUGUAGUUGGCUCUAUAAUGGUUAACUUUGUGCUUUUCAUUGGCAUCAUCAUCAUCCUUGUGCAGAAACUUCAGUCUCCAGACAUGGGAGGCAAUGAGUCCAGCAUCUACUUACGGCUGGCCCGGUCCACGCUGCUGCUCAUCCCACUGUUUGGAAUCCACUACACGGUAUUCGCCUUCUCCCCAGAGAACUUCAGCAAGAGGGAAAGACUUGUGUUUGAACUGGGGCUGGGCUCCUUCCAGGGCUUCGUGGUGGCUGUUCUCUACUGUUUUCUGAAUGGGGAGGUGCAGGCGGAGAUCAAGCGGAAGUGGCGGAGCUGGAAGGUGAACCGCUACUUUGCCGUGGACUUCAAGCACCGACACCCGUCCCUGGCCAGCAGUGGGGUGAACGGGGGCACCCAGCUCUCCAUCCUGAGCAAGAGCAGCUCCCAGAUCCGCAUGUCCGGCCUCCCAGCCGACAACCUGGCCACCUGAGCCGCCCUCCCCUCCUCCUCUCCUGCAUCCACAGGCUGGGGCCGUGGGCAGGUGCCGGCCCUCGCAUGUUCGCGCCUCUUCCCUCCCCUCGGGCGGGCCCUGGACUGGAAGCUUAGCUGCCCAGGGGGAAGAAGGAGGCAGGGCAGACUGUACUGCCCCUCCCCGUUUUGGUACUGGCCCCACCCACCAUGGUCCCCUGGGCCCUGACCCAGGCAUGUAAAUACUCCUCGAAUUUGGGAAAGUUGUCCCAUUCCUUCCCCCUUCCCCCCUUGCCCCUGCUCCCCUCAAGCCGGGCCUCAGCUCCACCCCGCUGCGUCUCAGCCAGCCUCAGUGAUGGCCUGACCCCAGGCGUGAGGCCUUGUGAGCUAAGGCUGAAGAGACCUUACUUUGGGAGGCUGGGGUGGUGCCUGUCCCAACAGCCCCGGCAUUGUGUGACUUUGGAUAUGGACUCCCCGAGUCUGCACACCACUGUGGGGCCCUUCCAGGUCUGGGCCCAGUCCCCGAGGCCCACCAGAGGUCCCGCUUGGGUGGCCAGCACGCCCUUCAGUG